AUGACCAAGACCACGCUCAGCGACACCCUGGUCAACAUGUUGGCCGAAUUUGUGGGCCUGAACAAGAGUCCCGACUUCAAGUUGAGCAGGCAGUCCAGCGACUUGAUCGAGGAGGCCAAACGAGAGGAGUUGCAGAAGAAAAAGCUGGCGCAGGCGCAUGAAUUCGACCUUAUUGAGGUAAGCGAGAUAUACCAUCCGAAUUGAGGGGAGUUUAUGUCAGUCUGUCGGGAAAAUAAUGAGCGUAUUUUCGCUACGCCAGUUGUGGCGCUGAAGUGAAAAAAAUUUGAUUUUUCCGCGACACAAUUAGUUUUUUUUCAGCGGCGAUGCAAUUUUUAAUGCGACAGGUGCUCAUUAUUUUCCCGACAGACAGAUAUACCUUUCAAAGUUUGCGUAUACAGGGUGCGGCAGAAAAAUGGAAACUUUUUUCAUUGCGUCCUGAUGCGAAAAUUUUGAAGUUCAGCAAAAUUUUUUUCAUACUACUAAAUUCUCCGUGGUUUUCUCUCCUAGGGCGUUUAAUUUCAUGUCGAUGCCGGUUUACUAACAUGAUUUUUUUGAAUGUCAAACAGAGGGACCUCGAUUUUGAACCUCGACGAAAUAGAAAGUGCUUUUGACAGACUCAUUCACAGGGUUCCGUAAAAUUUUAGGACCUUAUAGUCAACUUACUGUAACUUAUAUGCACUCAUCUCAUUUUUGGUGUCGCUGAAGUGAAAAAAUUUUUGAUUUUGCCGCGACACAAUUCAUUUUCUAUUCGGCGAUGCGAUUUUCCAUGCGACAGAGUGCUCAUUAUUUUCCCGACAAACUGGCAUACAAAUUUUUCCCCCAAUUUCCACAAAAAUCGAGAUUUUUUAGUCAUAAAAAGACACAAAAUCACAUCAAAAUUUUACAUCAAAAUUCUUAAUUUUCCCCACAAUUAAUCUCGCCUCUUUUUCAGACGCUCGAAGCCGAAAUGCCAGUCCACAUCCGCUCCACGUCGGCGGAGUUCGACUCGGUCCCAGUGCAGCCCCGGAAUCGCCAGCACGAGCGCUUCUACGCCCUCCCCAUCCUGCCCAAGGAGAAGCGCUCGGUGUUGGACCGUCUAAAGCGCAGCAACCGCAAGUCGCGCGACUCCUACGAGGUCGCGAAACAUCAGCGCGGCGUAUCGGAGAGCUCCUGCGACAGCGGCUUCGAACGGUCGGCCGAUUCCAGCUUCGAAACCGUGCGCUGCUAUCAGGUUGAGGCGAAAUGA